CUCACAUUGGUUGACAGGAGAGUUACCCACCAUGGAGAGAGGAACAAAUAGGAGAGAUUUUCCUUUUGAGUUUGUAGUGGGUCGCCACCUGAAGUUGAUGGACCUGAAAAAAGAAGCUCCGAGGUGGGGUCACCUCAAAAAAAGCAACAUCCCUCCUUACCCCCGGCCUGAGUUUCAUGUGUCUCGUCUGAUUCAUGUCACAAACCAAACGGCAUUACAGGGCAUCAGGGAGAUGAAGGGCUUCAUGAUACCUGAGGAAAUCAGGAAGAAAGGGAUGUCCUUGAACCCCUCCAGCGGCUCUCUGCUGUGGUGGAGUCUGGCUGUGGGUCCAGAGGAGGUGGCGUCAGCUGAAAGGAGGCUCCUGGAGACCACCUACCCGGACCGGACCGAGAAGCAGAUCCAGGCCCAGCAGAGCUUCCUGAAGAAGUUUGCCUCCUCCCCGGCCUUCAACACAGACAGAUCCAAACUCGGUUCAUACCGCUUCACCUUCGGCCUGGAGGAGGUCCUGAGGGCCUACAGCGACCAGGUAACCCACACCCUCACCCCCAUCCAGACCAGUCCGGACAGGUGCAGUGUGGAGGAAGCCGGGCUGGCUGUGGGGAAAGUGGUGGGCUGUCAGGCUGUGAAAUCGGCCUCCAGAAUGAACGGGGCUAUUGUCAUGUCGUUUUGUGGUCGAGCAAAACCCGUCAUGCGAGUGCUGAGGACCGAACUGUACAGACAGGAAUUUAUUCACGUUGUGGUGGUCCACGACCCAGCCCAGCACCUGUACAAUAACCAUCCAUUACUGACAGACGACCCAGACUCUGUCUGCACUUACAGAGAUGGCCACUUCCUGUGGAGGUCUGAGGCCAUGUGUAAGACGCACAGCUAUCAGUUGGUCCGUAGAGACGAUGAAAUGCAGUUGGGAGCGGAGCCCUCAGGGUCUACAGAGUUCUAUGUUUGGGAUAAUGUUGCCGUCGCUCUGCAUGUGGAUGACCAGGUGCUGAAAUUUGAUGUGGAUCGACUGAGAGAGAGGCUGACAUUCUGUGAUCAUGAUUACCCUCCGAUCGAAAAGAACAUCCCUUUUGAUUCCUUCGAGGACGCAGAACAGGUUGUGAAGAAGUUAUGGCCCGACUAUCCUUCAGCACUGAAGAGAGAUGAAGGUGUUUGAAUUGAUGAUGGAGACGGUCAGGAAUAGAGGGCCCCUUGAAAGUUGAUUACAACCAGAGCCCAAACCGACCCUGCACAACUCCAUUAUGAAGAAACAACACUUAAAGCUUAAAUAACUGUAACUUGUGUGAACUGACGACUUUAUACACUCUAUAACUAUAUAACUAUAAGUGAUUCUUUAAACUAUAUGUGAUUAAAGCGCCUCUCUGGAGCGUUUAAAGCAUGUAGCAGAUUGUUUAAUUAUGAUUUAUUUUAGAUUCAAUCAGCCCUCAUGACAUUGCGAUCUUUUAACCCAAUCACAGAUUUUAAGAAUCCUUCAGAUUGUAAUUUAUUUCACUUUAUAUCUUGUAACAGUCUCUGACUCUGUUUUAUUUGAAACUGUCAUAAAGAGUUUCUAGCAAACAGACGAAUGUCCUCCAUGAGAAAUGAUCUAAAGGGUUAGGGUUAUGUGUUGGUUAGAUUUUUCAGAUUCAGACACACUUUGUAUUCCUUUUGCCGACAUGACAAUAACAAUUAUUCCCCCUGUUUUUAUUUAACCAUCCUUCUUCUAAAGCUGAAAAUGCUCCAACUACUGUUGGAAAUGUGUAUCUGUUGUUAAUGGGUCGUUGCUGUGUGAAAUCUGGUACCAGUAAUUUAAUUAAUUAAUUUAAGACAACGAAGAAGAGAGUAUUUAUUCAUCAUUUAUUUAUUUACACUUUCCACAACAUGUUCUCCCCCAAGGUUCAAAUGGUUUCAGUUUGGAUGAACGCAGAAGAUCUUAUUUUGAUUGUGAUGAGAGGAUCUCUGAGAUUGUAAUGCAAGACAAAUUUUGUGC